UGCUGUUCUAUUUUGGCUACACAUUGCUGAAAUUUCCUUCAUGGGGAUUAACGCUUGACUGCACAUUUUAGUUCACCUACACCUUUUCUCAUUGCUCUCGUUUUCAUCUUUUUUUCCUGGGGUUUUUUGUUCUUCAAAGUUUUUACAUUUGGUCCCUUGGAAAAUAAAGAGAAAAGAAGAAACCCGCUGCUUUUUCCAUGGCCACAUGUAGGAUAGGAGCUCCAAAUAUUAGAAUUCCAAAGUUGUGUUUUGAGAAAGCAAAAGUUGAUAAUUCAUAUCUGAAGAUUUGUCUAAGGCAAAGACCAAUUCAAUCUGCUUCCCUGGUUAGACGCUCAGAGAAGGCAUUCAGCAUAGGAUGCGGUCUAACUUUGGAAACCCAGGCUACUACAAAUUUAGCAGAUGACUCUGAAGAGACUAAAACGUCUGGUUUGACUAGCCAGCUUAUUCCAAAUUCAUCUGGGGUGGAAUCUCUGGUCAGAGAUGUAUGCGAUACGACUUCCAUUGCAGAGUUUGAACUGAAACUUGGUGGAUUUCGGCUAUACAUUGCAAGGGACUUAGCUGGAAAAAGUGAACCUCCGCCUGCGUUUGCAAGUCCUCCUCCUAUCAGUGUCAGCACCAAUAAAAAUGUUGAAGCACCUGUAUCAAAUGGAGCUGUUUCAACUUCUUUAGCUAUCACCAAACCACUUUCUUCUUCAGGGAGAAUCGAAUCGUUCCUUGAUAAAGCUGCAGAUGAAGGCUUGGUGAUUCUUCAAUCCCCAAUGGUUGGUUUCUUCAGGAGAUCACGAACCAUAAAGGGGAAGCGUACUCCACCGUCGUGUAAGGAGAAGCAAAUAGUAAAGGAAGGCCAGGUGCUUUGCUACAUCGAACAACUAGGCGGUGAAAUUCCGAUCGAGUCUGAUGCAUCUGGAGAGGUCAUAAAAAUCCUAAGGGAGGACGGUGAUCCCGUCGGAUAUGGUGAUGCCCUUAUCGCACUUCUCCCUUCUUUCCCCGGGAUAAAGAAGCUGCAGUAGUAAUUUGUUGGUUAUCCACUGGCUUGAUGCAGAUGUAAGCUGUAUGCUUUUUAUUCUCUUUAAAUGAAUGAAUGAAUGAAUGCUCCUGCCUCUUAGCAUUUCAGUACCUGAGGAUUGUCUUGCUGAUAAAAAU